AUGAGUGAGGGCAAGAGAGACGUCCAAAUAUCAAAGUCUCUAGCAUACUUGCUUCGACAUGGUGCUUUGAAGGAGAAACUGCCCAUUGACCCUAACGGUUAUAUACCUAUCAGCGUUUUGCUCCAGCACAAUAGGCUCAAAAGCUUGCAUUGCACACAACAAGAUGUUGAUCGCGUUGUGGCCAACAACGCUAAGAAGCGGUUCCAUAUCAAGACGGAAGAUAACAAUGUACUGAUCUGUGCUACACAGGGCCACUCAAUCGCCGCUGUGGCCCCUGCAGGCGAUGUACUGCAACCAAUCACCGCGGAUGAUAAGCUGCCAGAAAAGUUGGUUCAUGGCACGAAUCUCAAGAACUGCAAACUGAUAAUAGAGUCCGGAGGUAUUCGGAAGAUGCGCAGAAACCAUGUCCACCUGGCUGCUGGCAUCACCGGCCUCGACGGCGAAGUUGUAAGCGGCACUCGAACUUCAAGCAACGUUUUCAUAUUCCUCAAGCGCGAGUUAGCCUUCCAGCAACUACGCCUUUUCAAAUCUCUAAAUGAUGUCUAUUUGACUGCGGACGAUGUCCCCACGGAGCUUUUUGAGAAGGUCCUAUUGAGGACUCGGUCAGCAAACAAAAAGGGCAUAAGCGAGCUUGUCUUGUUGCUGGAGUCAAAAGGCAUACCAGUUGAGCUUCAAUGA